AUGGCUCCCGGAAGCGCAAUUGGUAUAAGCUACCAAGACCAGAUCAAGAGCAACUGCCGCAUGUAUCUCGGCCGUGAUGCCAAAAUACACAUCAUCACGGCUUUGGACGCAGAACACUCGCCUCCCUGGGCAGGCUACCUGGUGCAAGACGACGCCCGAGGCCAAGUCUGUGUGCUCUCCGCCGAGGGAAACACGGUACAAGAGGUGUUUACCAAGAUGCACAGCGCAUCCGCUCGCGCCGUGCAGCGCUACAUCAAGGCGAAUGGGUUCCAGGCCGCCGAGGGGGGCCUUGAGAAAACUGGUAUAUCCAAGUCUGCUCUUACCAUUCGUGGGCAACACAUUCGCCUACCAACUUGCCAGGAUGCGGAAAGAGCACUCUCACAAGUCUUUCAGUCAAAACAUGCAAGACAUGAAAGUAUUACGGAUCGACGUAGUUGA